CUGCCUCCAGCCCUGCCUCCAGCCCUGCCCUGCCUCCAGCCCUGCCUCCAGCCCUGCCUCCAGCCCUGCCCUGCCUCCAGCCCUGCCCUGCCUCCAGCCUGGAUAGAGACACAGGGACAGACACACAGAGACAUGGAUACAUGCUUUGAUGAGAAAAACAAGCUUGAAAUAUUAUCCUAACACGUAUCCUAAUAACAAUGUGGAUAGCCUGUCAACAAAUCGAUCAAAAUAAUAGACAGUAAAUACUGUCUGACGAUCCAUAAUGUUUAACCAGGCUAGUGUAUCUGAGGUUCAAUAAGGACAGUAAGUGUAAACAACUCUAGGAACCAACCAGGGUACACUGUUCACAGACUAUGUGUUUUUCAGUAUAUCAUUUACAAGGCAAUGUCCUAAAAUGCCAUAAAAGUGACAGUCUCUCUGGAGAGAAACAGACAUUUAUCAGAGAAAUGAAGAAACUAAACAUGAACCUGCCAGCCUUGUUCAUCUGUGCUUUUCUGCUGCAGAGCAUCCUUGCUGAGGACGAUGAUGGGUACCCGAAGCUUUCCAACGAGACUGUUACUCAAAUUGUCACCAAGACAGUGGUGACCACGGUAGAAGCAACACAGCCUCCCCUGUUGAUGGGUCAAAGCCCAGUUCCUCCUCGCUUCCAUUACCCUAAGGGUGACAUGUCCCUGAAUAGGGUGGAAUGGUCUGGCUCUCUGCCUCAGAUGGCUGUGAAGGUCAACAUCAAUGGAACAGGAGAAGAGAACUACAUCUGUGUUCCUUGUACUGGCUGCAACAUGACCACUGGCUUCUACAACCCCUCCAAAGGCCCGUUCUGCUUUCACACCUGCGAUGGGAAGGAGGAAAAAUCCUUAGAGUUUGACAUACUGGUUGAGAAAAAAAUUGAAAUGUUAGACAUGAAGAGCAUCCUUGCUGAGGACGAUGAUGGGUCCCUGAAGCUUUCUGAAGUCAACCCGACAGGGGAGACCACGGUAGUAGCCAGGGGAAGGUCUCGAAGCUCAAGAAGUCCUCGCUUCUAUUGCGAGUUUAUGAAAUGGGUGGAAUGGUCUGUCUCUCUGCCUCAGGGGGCUGUGAAGGUACACAUACCUGGAAUAGGACGAGAGGACUACAUCUGUGCACCCAAUAAGUAUGGAGGUGUUUGGUUCAGUGGCUACUACAACCCUUCCUUAGGCCCAUUCUGCUUUGCCUCCUACCAAGGACAAGGCAAAAUAUAUUAUACAGAGUUUGACAUACUGGUCAAUGAGGACAACCUGGAGCUUUUGGAGUGGAAGGCUUUCAAAAAUGAUGUUAAGAACGGGGUCCCUUCAAGUACAGCUACAAAUUCUGAAUUUAUUGGAAAAAAUCUAUUUGGUAUUGGGACAAUCCAUUAUUUCUUUAGUUCCUCUUCCAAAACUUGGGAAGACAAACAUGGAAAAUAACAUGAGUCGUCACAAGUAUUGGAGAAAGAUUUUUUCCAGUAUGGGAAAAGAAGCUCUCACGACAAUUUUGAAAUGCUGACAUGCCAAGCAGGCGAAUCUAAGGUGAGGAUCUAUAACAUUGAGUACCACAUUGAUGAUCUGGCAAUGCUUUCCCAACAACCGACCAUGUUAAAUCAGAUGAAAGUGGAGAACCAUAACUGCAGAGACAUAGAACAGGAGGUGAAACUGGAGGGGAGCACAGAGAGACAGAGUUCCUGGGAGACGAGCAUCUCCAACAGCCUGACUCUCUCUGCCUCCAUAGAGGUUACGGUACCGUUCGUCUCCGUCUCUGCAGGAGUGGAGUACUCAAACUCCCAAACCGUCACCAACGGCAACUCUCUCACUGAGACCGUCUCUCACUCUCUCACCGUGAAAGUCAUUGUCCCUCCCAACCACUCCUGUGUGGUGAAGAUGGCAGGGAAGACGAACAAGUUCGACAUCCCGUACAAAGCUCAACUCUCCAGGGAGUUUACCAACGGGAGAGUCCAUACCACCCCAGUGUCUGGGACGUACAAAGGUGUCCAGGUGGGGGAGAUGCAUGCUGUGGCAGAGCGCUGUGUUCCCAUCCCCAACGCCAAGCCCUGCCCUGACAAACUGACAGAUAUAUCUCACCCUAAAUCUGAUGUUUAGCAAACUAACAGUCACAUGAAAUACCGUAUGCUUAUGACCUCUGAUUUUCCCUGACUACUUCUGAUUGAUGACUACUCUUGUUUAAUUGUGUUUUUAGAGAACAAAUACAUACACAGCACAGGGCUGACCAACCUUGAUAAUAAAGUAUAAUAAAAUAGUAGAAUGAAAGUAAACGUACAACUUAUUUAUACAUUUAUAAUAUUUCUUUCUAUUUGGUAGUAUACUUAAACGUUUUAAGUUUUAAAUAAGCAAUUUUCUAAAUGUAUAUCUUAAAAGUACAUACAAGUAAACUAAGUUUAUUUCCUGAAAGUAUAACAAAAGUAAACUAAAAGUGUACUAUUUCACUUACAGUAGUCUAUACUUGAAUAAACAGUGUGUUUAUUCUCGUUGUUGUACAGAAAAAAAAGAACAAACCGAUCACAAUCUAUAAAAAGAAUCCAAAACAUUGCUUAAGGUAUUAAAAAAAACUCUUAAAAUAUGACUUGUCAAAAUAGGAUCUUUGACUAUAAACAGUCAUACAGACAA